UUAAUCAGUUCAGCUCGCUCAGUGGCCUCUGACUUACUUGGAUGGGAACAUGGCCAAGAAAAAAAAAAGAUGUAGGUGAUGGGUCUUCACCAGAAAUAGACCCUUGUGAGCUUAACUAUCAGUGUAAUGCGUUGCUUUUUUUCUCUUUUUUUUUUUCUCAAUUCCGCUGGCAACAAACCACAAACUGAGCUCUGACAUUGAGGUUUUUUUAAAGCUUAUUUCAACUCUCACACACAUAAGUAAUGAGGAGGUCAGGCUGGGGGGUUCGUGCUGAGGACCUUCUCUUCUUACCAGCUGCUUUCUGAAAUGAUUGGAGCAGUUGGUGGAUGGUUCCUUACUCUUCCAAAGGUAGCCUACAAAUGAUUUGAAGUAUUGAUUCUUUCUGAGCCUCACCAGACUAUUUCUUGCAAAACUCAUUGCUGUUGGUUCGUGAGUAAGGCCACGUAGGAAACACUGUAACCACACCUGGGAAUUGGUGAGAAACAAGUGCUCCACCGUGAUUCUUCUCCUGCACGAGGAAAAUGGGCUGUGAUCGGAACUGUGGGCUCAUCGCUGGAGCUGUCAUUGGUGCAGUCUUGGCUGUGUUUGGGGGUAUUCUCAUGCCCGUUGGAGACAUGCUUAUUGAGAAGACAAUCAAAAAGGAAGUUGUCCUUGAAGAAGGAACAAUUGCUUUCAAAAACUGGGUUAAAACAGGCACCAAUGUGUACAGACAGUUUUGGAUCUUUGAUGUGCAAAACCCAGAUGAAGUGGCACUGAACAGCAGCAAAAUCAAAGUUAAACAGAGAGGCCCUUACACAUACAGAGUUCGUUAUCUAGCCAAGGAGAAUGUAACUCAGGACCCUGAGGACCACACCGUCUCUUUUGUACAGCCCAAUGGAGCAAUCUUUGAGCCUUCACUGUCUGUUGGAACUGAGAAUGACACCUUCACUGUUCUCAAUCUGGCUGUGGCAGCUGCACCACAUAUAUACACAAACUCAUUUGUUCAAUCUGUGCUCAAUUCACUUAUCAAAAAGUCCAAGUCUUCUAUGUUCCAAAGAAGAACUUUGAAAGAAUUGUUAUGGGGUUACAAGGAUCCAUUCUUGAGUUUGGUCCCAUAUCCUAUUUCUACCACAGUUGGUGUGUUUUAUCCUUAUAAUAAUACUGUAGAUGGAGUUUAUAAAGUUUUCAAUGGAAAGGAUAACAUAAGCAAUGUUGCCAUAAUUGAGUCCUAUAAAGGAAAAAGGAAUUUGUCCUACUGGCCAAGUUAUUGCGACAUGAUUAAUGGCACAGAUGCAGCCUCUUUCCCACCUUUUGUUGAGAAGUCUCGGAUACUGAGGUUCUUUUCCUCUGACAUUUGCAGGUCCAUCUACGCUGUGUUUGGAUCUGAUGUUGACCUUAAAGGAAUCCCCGUGUACAGAUUUGUUCUUCCAGCCAAGGCCUUUGCAUCACCACUGCAGAAUCCAGACAACCACUGUUUCUGCACUGAAAAGGUCAUCUCAAAUAAUUGUACAUCAUAUGGUGUGCUAGACAUCGGCAAAUGCAAAGAAGGAAAGCCUGUGUACAUCUCCCUUCCACAUUUCCUACAUGCAAGUCCUGAUGUGUCAGAACCUAUUGAAGGCUUAAACCCAAAUGAGGAAGAGCAUAGGACAUACCUGGAUGUGGAGCCUAUAACUGGAUUCACUCUACAAUUUGCAAAACGACUGCAGGUCAACAUACUGGUCAAGCCAGCCAAAAAAAUCGAAGCAUUAAAGCAUCUGAAGAGAAAUUAUAUUGUACCUAUACUUUGGCUUAAUGAGACUGGAACUAUUGGCGAUGAGAAAGCCGAAAUGUUCAGAAGUCAAGUGACUGGAAAAAUAAAGCUUCUUGGCCUGGUAGAAAUGGUCUUGCUUGGGCUAGGAGUGGUGAUGUUUGUUGCUUUUAUGAUUUCAUACUGUGCUUGCAGAUCCAAGAAUGGAAAAUAAGUAGUAAAUGAGUCUACAUUUACGCACUGGCUACAUAAAGAUCUUUGAUAGAACCAAUCUACAAAUGGAGACUUAAUAUAUGCUUUGUUUUUAUAAAACACACCUCUCUUUAGUUGAAGAAAUGGUGGUGUGCUCUCUCUCUCUCUCUCUCUCUCUCUCUCUCUCUCUCUCUCUAUAUAUAUAUAUAUAUAUAUAUAUAUAUAUAUAUAUAUAUAUAUGAACUAAGCCAAAUCAUAUUUCAAAAGGAUUAAUAUGUCACUAUAGCCUAUAUUUUAAAAAAUCCAGCACUUUAUAAAGUCCAUCAUUUGUAACACUGAGUGGACUUCAGUUUCUGUAGAACCAAUUAUUCUUGUUUUGUUCUGAUUUAUUGAUGUGCUCCCGGAUGGCAAUUUUCAAGAGUAUAGAUUCUAAGCAAUUUUUCUUUUCCUUAUUGGAGGGAAAACACCAUCAUAUAUGGGUGUGACCUUCAUUUACAGCAAUGAUGGGACUGUCGCCACAUAUAUCUCAUAAGGAUGAAAUAUUUUGAAAGACAUUUAAGAAUGAAAAAUGAAUAAUUGGCAUAUGAGCCAUUGAUUAUAUAUAUAUUUAGGUCUCUUUCUCUCUGAAGUCCUUGGCACAGCAAGGUCAGAUAUCACAGAUUUUUUUUUUAUGUUCUAACAUUGAGCUUAUAUGUUUUGUCCCUCGCCAUGAAAUGGACAUUGUUAACACACUUUAACUCUUCAUAUUUAAAGCACGUUGUCAUGUUCCAUGCUGCAGAGCUUUCAGAGACUGAGUCGAUUUUCUUCUUUGUAACCUCAGAGAGCUGUUAUAGUAUUAAGAGUUGUAAAUGGUAAUAAAGGAAUUAUUUUGUGGAAUAUUACAAAAGUUAGAAUGUGCCUUAAAAUGUAUUUGUGAUAAUAUCUCCUGCUUCCAUAGUUACCUAAAAAGGACUAGUUUCUAAUAUUAAAAGACAUUGUUCCUUAUAAAUUUUUGUCUAGUUCCUAUUGCAUCACAAAAUGUCAUCUUUCUAUGGAAGUACUCCAUCUGAAGCCAUAUAUCUUUCUGAACUAUUUAACCACUCUGCUGUGUCUUAAUCCAAUUGGAAAAGACAUUUGGUUUUAUGUUUAUAGUAGCAUUGUGAGACUAGAGGUUAAUUUCUUUCCAGUGGGAGAUACAUCAAUAGGUUAUUCUGCUUUCUUUAGCAGAGUGACCUAUUGUAAAGAACAUUAGUCUCAACAAAUUCUAUAUAGAAAAGAAAAUAGAAACAACCAGUUUGUGUUUUAUGCAUAGAAAGAUAAAAGGAAAUGGGAGACAACUCUCCUGUCCAGUUAUAAAAAUAAUCAAGACUCACAGGAUAGCUUGGGGAAGGAGUGUUGGAUCAGUGCUUAAGAACACGUGAUGUUCCUCCAGAAGACCUGGGCUUGGAUCCCAGCACCUAUAUAUCUCCUUACAACUUUAUAAAACUCCUGUUAUAGUAGAUGAAAUACUCUCUUCUCUCCUCUGCAGACUCCUGUAUGCAUGUGAUGAACAUAUAUACACUCAUGCAAAUAGAUACACAUGGAUUUGAAAAAGAUCAAGAAAGAGUAUAUGAGAGGAUUUAAGGGAGAAAGGAG